AUGCUAGUCACCACAGUAGACCUGACGAGGAUCGUGGCUGCAGGUGGUGGUGGUGCUGCCGUUGGCGCCCAAGAACCCGCCCUAGACCUCUACAUGCAUGGCAUCCUGGGAGGUAUUAGUACUACGGCUAGGCCAAUAUCCGGCUUGUUGGGAAACAUCUACAGUGGGCAAGUGAGUCACCUGUGACACUUUGCUAGGCCAGUCGGAUUCAUUCCACCUAAGAAUGGCGUCCCCAUCCCUAACACUAAUGGUGCAAUCCCAACUGUCAAUGUCAAUGGUGUCCCAUUGAGUACUAGUCUUUCUGCUACAGCUUUUACUUCAAAUGGUCAAGUCAUUAGUGGCAACAAUUGGGACCUGAUGGGUGGGCACUUGGGCUUGGGCUUGGGCUUGGGCUUUGGAACGAUCACAGUCAUUGAUGACAUUCUAACAUCUGGGCCAGAAUUGGGUUCCCGGUCAGUUGGAAAGGCCCAGGGAGUGUAUGUUGCAAGCUCUGCAGAUGGAACCACACAGAUUAUCAAUAUGAUGGCUUUCACAGCCAUGCUAGAGGGUGGGGAAUAUGAUAGCCUCGACCUCUUUGGGGUGGGUGAACAACAUGGGAGGUUUAAGAAUGCCGGUGGAUUCGCGGAGGUGUGA